AUCUGUAGAUUGCGUGCAAUUUACUUUGCGUCCUUCGCAUUAGGCUUUAUUUUGUUCAAAUAUAAAAUAAAAUUAGCUAUAGAUUAGUCUUAACUAAUUAUCCUAAUAAAUUUUCUGAACUCCCUAGCUUUACUUCAUAGGAGUCUUGAAAUAUUGUUAAAGAAACCAAGUGUUCCAACCCAAAAGUUCACGGCUUCUGUUGGUUGCGCAUCGUGAAAUAAUUUAAUGGAAGUAUUAUUAUAAUUACUAAAAAGGUAACUGUGUUUAAUAAUGUAAGAGGAGUUUUGUGUGAAACUUACAACAAAGUGAUACAUAGUGACUUAACAAGUGUAAUACUAUGGUUAUGUUGGUGGGAAAGUCAAUGAACCUACAUACGGCAUGCUGACACUGUGACUUUGUUACGAAAAUAUGUAAAUAAACAUGAAUGAUAUAGGCGUUAAAACAGCAGAAUCUCCGAAGGAUAUAUCGGAGAUUUCUCCAGCGCCAGAGAUAAGUGUCGACAAUGAAGUCGAUCCAUUAUCCUUAGAGGAUACGGAUGUGGUCACCGGGAAGGAUCCCUUGAAAGAAGGAGACAAUGUUGUAGAGGAGAAGCGGGAAAGCUGUGAUGAUAAUGCCAAAGAAGAUAAUAUAAGUGAGAGCCCUAAUGAUGAAACUAUAGCUGUUCAACCGGAGACUAUUAAAGAAGUGUUGCUGAAAGAUGAAGCACCAAUAACUGUGAUAGAGGUAAAAGAUGUGGCAGAUGAUGUUGCGAUUAGUUUAAAACCUGACCAAGCUCCUGAGAACACUGCGUCCUGUGCUCCUGAGACCAGUGAACUGCCUCAGGAAACGAAGCAGUCUGUUGACGUCCCGAAGGUUGAGGAACCUAGUCCUGUAAAAGAAACUCCUGUGGAGGUCGAGGAAGUAAAACCACAGAAGGCUGACGCUGAUGUGGAAAUGACUGAAGUAGUGCAGUCUAGUGAAAAGACAGAGAAAACAGAAUCUAAAAUUAAUACACAAGCAUUAAACGGCGACGUUAUAAAGGAGGAGCAAACAACGAAAAGGCGAAUCAGCGAAGACGUCGAUACAGAAUCACCGCUGAAGAAGCUCUGCCAGGAAGUUGAGAAGACUUUCCCACAACACGAUGUCAUGAUAAGCGACUACAUUCAGACAGCGACUAAAAACAACGUCGAUGAAAUACAGAGGCAUACGGAACAACUGCUCUCAGAAAUACAGACGCUAAGAGAACUCGCUCAAAAGAAAGAACACGAAUGGAAUAAUAUACUGCACCUAAAGAAGGUCAAAGAAGAAAUACUUUUACGACUUCUAAGGCGUAAACAAGUUAUAUCUUUCGAGAAAUCAGCGGACGUGAACGGUUCAGAGAGAACGGAUCCCUUUGAUUAUUUAAAUCAAGCUAAAAACCUGGCCAUAGACAAGAGCGAUGAAAUCUCAGGGUUGGCGAUCAAACAGCCGAGUUCAACGAUGGUCAACCCUAUAUUGCAGGCGCCGGUGUUGCCUGUUACGACGCAUUUUAAUCACAUGUCAGGGUUGCCACCUCCAUACGACAAAGCUGCACAUAUGCAAUCAAUGCCGAAACCAGUAUUCCAUCAGCCUUUAAUGUUGCCUGGCCCUUUACCAGGUUUCUCUAGAGAUAUGAAUGGACAGUUGAAUAAUUUCGGAAUGCCGAUGGGUCGGCAGGGACCCACUAAAGAUGUUAAAUCAAUAAUAGCUGAUUAUAGACAGAGGAACCCAGAAGUAACUCCGAGAAGAGGAAGACGGAUGAAGUCGAUACUGAAUCCUAAUAUGAUGAAUCCACCGAGACCUAUAGCACCUAAAAUUGAUAACUUAAAUAAUUUUAAUAAUCUUAACAUGCUAUUCAACAACUUGGAUAUGAACCAAAAGGCGAUGUUAGAGAGAUUGCAGCAGAUCCAAGCUGGCGGUCUUCCCAACGGUGUAUCGUUCAAAGACGUACUCGUACAGUUCGCUAACAUGCAGCAAACGAACCCCAACCUCAUGCCGAGCAGGCCCAUGGAGAUGCCCAGCAGAGAACAUCAUGUGAGGCCCGAAGGCAGACGGAGACAGGAUAGAAGUCACGAGGAGCCCCACAUCCCCAAGCAAGCGGAGAGGCUGACCUCCCCCAGUCCACGUCUACCCCCACCUCCGCCGUACCCUGAAAUAUCUCUGUUGCCAGUCACCACCAGCCAGGAAACCUCACAGUCACAAAGUUCCCUGUUACACGGGAUAUUGACUAAGCAGGCGUCCCCUGCGUCUCAGAGUUUCUCCCCGACGUUGGCUAAACUGCUCACGUCGCCGGAAAGGAAACAGAGCGCGCCAACGUUGCCAACUUUCGGUCAGGCCAAGAACUGCGGCGAGAUUACGAUAACUCCGGUGCAGCCCGCCCCGCCGCCAGACCCGCAGCCGGAGAAGACCGAGGAAGUGGUCCACCUGGAUGACGAGGAGAGUCCCGCGUCGGAGUGUUCAGGCGCAGGGUCUCCUUUAGGGUCCGGGUCGGGCCGGCUGGUGAUAGACGAGGGCGGGGAGGCGGGCGCGGAGGCGGAGGCGGAGGCGGGCGAGGGCGCGGCGGAGGCGGAGGCGGGCGCGCCGCUGUGCCAGGGCUGCCGGCGGCGCGACGCUCAGUUCGUGUGCGCGGGCUGCGCCAACCAGUGGUACUGCAGCCGCGACUGUCAGGUGGCGGCGUGGGACGACCACUCAGAAAUGUGUUCCGGCUGAGACGCGGCCGAAGACUCCACGUGACUGCGGCCGCGGACUCAUUGCCUUAUUUAAUAUAAUUAAUUAAAAUAUAUACAUUAUGUAUGGAACAUGUAUAUGAAUCUCUGAACAAAAAUUGUACGAAUAUACAAAUGCAAUCAAUAAUGAAAUUUUUACGCACAGAAUAAAUGGACUUGUGUACAGUCGGGGAAUUUGUCGGUGCUCCUAAAUUGAAAAUCGAUUAGUCUUAACGCAUCAAGACAGCGCGGAACAAUAAAUAAGACAAGGCUUUUGAAUGUUUUUAUACGAAACUUACGUGAGGUUUUUUUAAAAUAUUCUGCCCCGCCCCUUGGUAAGAUUUCGUUAGAUUUCAUUUAACCCCAUCCCCCAAUCUCACGUAAGAUUUUUCAAAAUAUACAAUUUGGAUAGAUCAAAAUAGUAUAUUUUUUUGUUUCGAUCAUAAAAAAAAUUUCCUGAUAUUUGCCGAGA